CUCUCUCUUCACCUCCUUCCGACAAAAACAACAGCAGCAUCUCGCUGAGGAAGUGGACGGAAACCGGAGAAUUACCGGAUUUAACGAGAUUUAACAGAGAAUUAACGGAGAUUUAACGGAGGAGCAGUUUGUCAUCGUGUCCUGUAACAUCGAGAAAGGCGAUGUCGGAGCAGAACACGGAGUCGAAGCUGAAGAUGCAGUUGAAGCAGGAGAGGAUCCAGCUGUGGAAUCCUCCGUACAGCGACGACAGCAACGAGCCGGGACGGCAGCACAUGCAGGAGCUGGCGGAGCGCUACGCCCCUCUGCUGUGUCUGCCGGUGGCGGAGGUCGGCGGCGCUCUGGAGGCGAUCCGAGUUCAGGCGGUGAACAGAGGGAAAGGAAACAAGACGUUCAGAGAGACUAACGUGGCUACGUUGGAGCUGCUGCUGCCCAGAGACAGCAAGAAGGAUCCAAAGACAAAGAACCAUCUGGAGACGAGGCUGGACGUGCUGGUUCAGGAGGUGGUGGACAGGAUUGGAGAGGAGUACGGCCUGAAAUACAUCAAACUGAUCCUCAACGGGAAAACUCUGUCUGUUGACCAGCGUCUGGACCAGCAGGGCGUGAAGAACCACAGUAAGAUGAUGGUGCUGAAGGUCAGCGACGCCGAGUGGAAACUACAGCUGAGCAACGAGGAAGAGAAGAAGAAGAACCAGAACGAGAGCAUCCAGAGGACCCAGAAAGGAUUCCAGAUCCUGUCAGAGAGAGACGGCAGUGAAGACACCACUCCGUUCCUGGAGAUCGCUGACCAGAGAGGGAACCCGCUGACCAUCCCCCACAAGGAGAAGAAGGCUCUGAUCCUGGCCAUGGGCUUCCAUGAGAAAGGUCGUUCUCUGAUGAAGAAGAAGCAGUUUGACAACGCUCUGUGUCACCUGCUGCAGGCCGACCAGCAGUUCAGUAAGUGCGGCUCGGCGCUGCUCGGCUCGGUGGACAACUUCGCCGUCCUGCAGCUGGACAUCGUGUGGUGCUACCGAGCUCUGGAGGCGUUGUCCUGCCUGGACGACGGCAAGAGCCGCCUGCAGAGAGCCGAGGACGGUUUCCUGCAGUGUUACGGCGAGCAGCGGCAAAGGCUGCUCAUGAUCAAGGGUAACUCAGGCAGAGAGGAGGUGUUGUUUCUCCGGCUGUACCUCCUCCAGAGUCUCCUCUCCUACAUCGAAGGAAACGACGCUCAGGCUCAACACCAGCUCUCCAAGGUGGAGUGUCUGUUCAGCCGUCUGUGUCUGGACUCAGAGAAGAUGGCUCAGCUGAUGGCGUUGGGUUUCACUGAGAGAGAAGCUCGCCUCGGCCUCAGAGCCUGUCAGGGAGACCUGCAGGACGCCGCCGUGCACAUCAGCAACCAGAGACAGGAGCGAGAGGAGAUGAAGCAGAGGGAGAGACAGAAGAGGAGCAGGAAGAUGGAGGUCAUCUCCACCCUCACGGAGCUCGGCUACUCUCGGAGAGACGCCUCUAGAGCGCUGCACCACGCCGACGGAGACGUGGACAGAGCCUACGCAAUCCUCCUGGACUCCAGUCAGGCUGCUGAGGCCACCAACAACAACACAGAGGACACGCUGAGUCCAGACAAGGUGGAGCAGUUGUUGUAUCUGGGUUUUGAGAGGGACGUCUCUGAAACGGCGCUCAGACUGACGGGUGGAGACGUCCAGUCGGCGACUCAGCUGCUGCUGGACAACCAGGGCGUCCUCUCCCCGGAGCUCCUGUCCCCGCCCUCCACCUCCACCCCACCUCCAUCUCCUCCUACUGAGGAGCCCAGCACCUCCUCCACCUCCACAGUGGACAAUGAGCUGGUGAACGAGGUGUGAGACAUCUCUCGCCACGAGGAGGACUACCUGGACCUGACGCUGGAGGAGGAGAGCGAGCUCAUCGCCACCAUGAAGACCUACCUGAGCCGAGGACACACACACACCGUGUGACGCACACACACACACACGCACGCACACACACACACACACACACACACACACACACACACACACACACACACACACACACACUCUGUUAUACUCUGUAAACCAUUUAAAGCAAUAACUGUGUGUUCGUCUGCAGUUAUCAAUCAUCAAGUUACAAAUAAUGAGAUCUAUUCAGUUUAAUUUGUCAGCAAUAAUUCAGCCGAGCUGAACAGACUUCUGAUGGUCUGAGACGUCUCCAAACUUCAGACGUCUCCAGACGUCACAUCACGUCUCCAGAUGUCUCCAGACGUCACAUCACGUCUCCAGAUGUCUCCAGACGUCACAUCACGUCUCCAGAUGUCUCCAGACGUCACAUAACGUCUCCAGACGUCUCCAGACGUCACAUCACGUCUCCAGAUGUCUCCAGACGUCACAUCACGUCUCCAGACGUCACAUCACGUCUCCAAAUGUCUCCAGACGUCACAUCACGUCUCCAGACGUCUCCAGAUGUCUCCAGACGUCACAUCACGUCACAUGUUGAAUGAGUUUCAUUCAAAGCUCCUCUUCUCGAGCAGAUCAGUGUUCAGACGAGCCGUCAGCUGUUUAUUAGGAUCGUUCCCUCUGAAUGGAUGAAUAUUGUUUCUAUAUUAAAUCAUUAUGAUUGUUUUGGGGAUGUUUAUUUUUCUAAAAGCUUCUUGAAGUGAUUUUUGUUGAGUUUUAUUGUUUUGUUCUGACGGCAGAAGAGAGUUUGAUGUUUGAGACGUCCAACAUUUAAUUUAAAUGAAUUUCAUGUUCAUGUUGAAGGAGCCAAUAAAGAAACUGAAGCUUU